CAUCCUCCCCUCCAAACCCCGCUCAGCUCUGCCAGGCCACAGCGCCGGCCUUGCUGCCAAGGCUUCACCAAUUUCCUGCCUUGCUGCAGCUCCUGGGAACGACCUCGGCUGUCUCAGCUGCACCGCCGGGUGCCUGGGACCCCCCGGGCCCGGGGAGGAAGGCGCCAGCGCUGGGGACAGGAGGAAGCGGCGGUGGCUGCUGUCACCCUGCGAGGACCUGGGUCCCCUCCCCGGAAGGAAAGCACCCUCGGGGUGCGGCGGGGACAGGGAGGCCCUCGCUGUGUGGUCUGUGGGUAGGAGGAGGGGAGGGGUCCCUCUGCCUCAUCCCCUCAGCACCCGGCAUCGCUGACACCUCGCUGCUGCCCGCCCAGAGCCGCCGCUGCCAUGCCGGUGACAGCGACAGCGACAGUGACAGUGACACUGCCCGGCCCGGCCCCGUGGGGCUUCCGCAUCUCCGGGGGCAGAGAUUUCGGGAAGCCCAUCGCCGUCUCCAAGGUGACGGAGCACGGGAAGGCGGCCGCGGGUGACCUCCGCCCGGGGGAUGUCAUUGUCGCCAUCAACGGGGAGAGCACGGCGGAGAUGCUGAACGUGGAGGCGCAGAACAAGAUCAAGCGGAGCGCGGGGCAGCUGCGGCUGGAGGUGCAGAGGUGCCCGGUGCCAUCUCCCAGCGUCACCAACGGGGACGCCUCGCUGGAGGGGUUGGCCACGCGUUUCCAGGACACGCUGCAGGCGCCGAGAGAGAGCCAAAGUGCCCUGAGGAGCCUCGACCCCAGCCUGGCAUCCCUCAGUGCCAGCUCACAGCCCUUGGAGCGGGAGUUCACCUGUCCCGGCCUGAGCCAGGAGCGACCCCUGAGCCGCCAGAGCAGCUCCCAGGGGCCCGUCCUGCCUCCCCCUCCCCGGCCACCCUCACCGGAGCCCGGAGCCCCCCAAAGCCCCUGGGCAGCCCCCCGGGAGAGGCGCCUCUCCUCGCCCUCCGCCGGCGCCUGCCUCAGCCAAGGCUCGGAGCCGGCCAUGAGGCGCUUGGAGGAGGACUCGGAGGUUUACAAGAUGCUGCAGGAGAACCGGGAGCUACGGACGGCCCCGCGGCAAUCCAGCACCUUCCGCCUGCUGCAGGAGGCGCUGGAGGAUGAGGAAGGAGCAGGUCCCGCAGCCCCCUUCCCCAGCCGGCUCUCGGCCGGGGCCCGCAGGCCCGUGGCCGGGGUGCAGAAGCUGCACGUCUGUGAGAAAUGCGGGAGCAGCAUCGCGACACAGGCGGUGCGGAUCCAGGACGGCCGCUACCGCCACCCCUCCUGCUACACCUGCGCCGACUGCGGCCUCAGCCUCAAGAUGCGCGGCCACUUCUGGGUGGGGGACGAGCUGUUCUGCGAGAAACACGCGCGGCUGCGCUACCAGGGCCCCCCGGCGGCGCCCGUGUCCCCCUCGGUGUCCCCUCGCUCCUGAGCGCCGCGCGCGGGGUCACCCCGGUGUCCCCAGGGCUGUCCCACCCCGGGCUGGGGGAUGGAUGGGAUU